AUGGCAUUUUCGAAAGAAAGGUCAUGUUUGUGGUAGCGUGGUCAUUGACUUGAGUAUCGGGCUUGGUGUACAGAAAUGGAAAGAAAUAGCCCACUGGGCACAGACGUAAGUCGAUUCAACGUCUAUUUCUAUGUUUCUUCAAGUAAUGUCAUUGCAUAGACGUGCAAACAACGUUGAUUCAACCAGUGUGCGCCCAGUGGAAGGCAGUUUAUGUUAACAAGAAACGUGGACUAACGAGACAGACUGUUGGACAAUACAAGCAGCAUUACAGAAGAUAACAGCAUCGGACUCUGCUCUGCACUGUGGAUCCUGACACCAAAGUUCAGUCACUGGUGGCAGAAGUAUUUCACACUCGAACAACUACUACUCUGUAGUUUUGUUUUAUAAUCCUCUAUUAUUUAGCACUUUUUUUGCACUGCAAACACCAUGGCAACCGCAGGGUAUGGAUAUUACCGCACCACCAUUUUCCUGGCCAUGUUUGUGGGCUAUACGCUGUACUACUUCAACAGGAAGACCUUUUCCUUUGUGAUGCCCUCUCUCAUGCAAGAGAUCAAGCUGGACAAAGAUGACCUGGGCAUGAUCACUAGUAGCCAGUCUCUGGCCUAUGCUAUAAGCAAGUUCAUCAGCGGUGUGUUGUCGGAUCAGAUCAGUGCCCGCUGGCUCUUCUCCAUUGGCCUGUUCAUGGUGGGUGCCAUCAAUGUGGUCUUCUCCUGGUCCUCUACUGUGGCCAUUUUCUCUGGCCUCUGGUUCCUCAACGGCCUGGGUCAGGGCCUGGGGUGGCCCCCAUGUGGCAGGGUGCUGCGCAAGUGGUUCGAGCCCUCUCAGUUUGGGACUUGGUGGGCGAUUCUGUCCUGCAGUAUGAACCUGGCUGGGAGUUUAGGCCCCAUUAUUGCAACGUUGAUGGCCCAGAGCUACAGCUGGAGGACGACCCUGUCCAUCUCAGGCCUCUCCUGUUGUGUGGUCUCCUUCGUCUGCCUGCUGUUGAUCAGGAAUGAGCCCAAAGACGUGGGCUUGCCCAACAUAGACACUGGGGGGGCCAAGAAGGGCAAAGCAGGCUCAUCCAGUGAUGAGACCACCUUCAAAGAGUUCAUCCUGUCCCCCUACCUGUGGCUGCUGUCUGUGGGCUACCUGGUGGUGUUUGGGGUGAAGACGGCCUGCACUGACUGGGGCCAACUCUUCCUCAUCCAGGACAAGGGCCAGUCAACACUCAUGGGCAGUUCCUACAUGAGUGCCCUAGAGGUGGGAGGCCUGUUGGGCAGUUUAGCUGCAGGAUACUUCUCUGACAAGGCUGUGGCACAACAAGGCAUGAAAAGCCAUGGAAACCCCCGUCAUUUUCUCUUGAUCUCAAUGAUGGCUGGGAUGUUUGGUUCCAUGUAUCUAUUCCGGAUCACUGUCACGCCAGACAGCCCAAAGAUGUGGAUCCUCUUCUUGGGGGCUACAUUUGGCUUCUCAUCUUACGGACCAAUAGCCUUGUUUGGCGUGAUAGCCAAUGAGAGUGCUCCUUCAAACUAUUGUGGAACGUCACAUGCUAUUGUUGCCUUAAUGGCCAACAUUGGUGGCUUCUGCUCUGGACUGCCGUUCAGCACCAUCGCCAAGCACCACAGUUGGGAAAUGGCCUUCUGGGUAGCAGAGAUGACUUGUCUCAUCACUACCAUCUGCUUUUUCCUGCUGCGGAACAUCAGAACCAAGAUGGGUCACAUCCCCAAGAAGACUGACUGAACACUACACCAACUCUCUGCUGUCAAUGUAGGAAAUUUAGGAUAAGAAUGUACAUUCUUAUUUAUUAAGUGUUUUUGAUUUGAAAAAGGCUCAAUUGUAUUGACGGGAGACAUGGUCCUGUAUAUUCUUAUUUUAAGAGAUGGUGAGACAUGGAGUUGAGCGAGGGAAUAUUUAUUUUCACUGAAGAUGUAUUCAGAUGCAAAUACAUCAACCAUGUUGUGUUAACUCUUUUCAAUGCUCAUGGCAUAAAACAGAUCCAAGAAUUGAAAAUGUGUCAAUAUGAUCAUUUGAAACCAAGACACUUUAUGGUCAAAUGUACUGCUCUCUUUUUAAAUUGGCACUGUACUCAUAUGGGUGAAAUGUGUUUGACUAUAUAAGACUUGAAUAAAAUACCUUAAGUUGUG